AUGUUCGAACCCGUCCGCGGAGGCACUCGCGGAGGCCAGGCCGAGUUCAAAUGGUCAGACGUCUCGCAGGAUAAGGACAGAGAGAACUACCUCGGACACAGCAUCAACGCGCCGACAGGGCGGUGGCAGAAGAACAAGGACAUCCACUGGUACAACCGCGACCUGCCGCAGACCCAGGCAGAGCGCGACGAGGAGAUCCGCAAGGUCAAGGAGGCGGAGGCGGAAGCGUUAGCGGCGGCAUUAGGAUUCGCGACGGCCACGAAACCGGGCGCGCCGAGUGCGGCAAGUGGCCCUGGGACAGGCUCGAAUGCCAUAGGCGUGGCACCCAAGCCCGAGGCCGCGCCUCCUGCGCCCGACGCCGAGAAAGAGGAGCGGCGGCGGCGGAAGGAAGAGCGCAGGCGCGAGAAGGAGGAGAAACGGGCCCGCAAGGAGAAGCGGCGCGCCGAACGCCACCGCUCGCACUCGGACGACGACGCCGAGGACAACAUGCGCCACACGCACAGGCACCGCUCGCGCUCGCGGUCUCCUCGCGGGGUAGACAGGUCGCACGGCCGUCCCGAGCGCGAUCGGAGCCCACAUGCGCACAACCGGUCGCGCACGCCGCCUGCGCGGCGGCAUGCGGACGAGCACACCCACGGGUACGGCGAGAGGGCGCGCGAGCAGGAGCGGGAGCGGGACCGACGGCGGUGGGAGGACAAUGCGCGGCGAGAGCGCCCGGGGACAAGGGUGGGCGAGAGUCUGAGACGGUCAUUCCGUCCGCGCAUUACCGUUAAGCCGGUGGUCGGUGUGGGUCCCCACCCAGAGCGUAUGGGUCCCCAGAGAGAUCUCCAGCCCGUCGGUGACGUCUCAUUCUCCUUGCUGGCUCGCUUAGUUCCCCGGAUCUUGGAUUUUGCCCAGUAUAUCAAUUGUAUGGUGCGCGGGGUUGCAAAUGUGCACCCCAUAACCUCAUUAUCCUUACACGAAGAGACCCCCUUCUGGCGGCAGACCCGCCUUUUUCCCCGUAUGUCGAUUGUGCCCCUACUAUUCAACGAAGAUUACGCGAAUCCACAACCCUUUCAUGCUGCAGGCCUCCUUCUCUUCCGCAUCCACCCGCCGCUGCAGACGGUGAUCCCCCUUGUCCACAGUGGGGCAUUCCUAUCACGGAACACUCUCAUUUGGACCCUGUCUCUUCUUCGCGUCCGUCAGAAUUUCGGUGAAUCCGUGCCAGGAGAACAUCGGGGUGCCGCGUCCACUGGUCGAUGCGAUAAACCCACGGGCUUUAUGUCCGUGCGCGGGGCGCCAGCCGCGGCGGGCGGCGUUCACAUGAAGUUUGCUGCAGCGCCUGCGACGCGUUGCGCGCCGCGCGCGAACCCGCGCGACGACGUGGGCAUGGCACUGCAAAUUGCACACGAGACCCUGCAGGGCAGGCGAAAACGGGGGUGCGGCGGGCGCGAUGAGACGGGUAUGAAACGCGCGCGCGCUCCACUUGCAGGGCGCAACCCUGGGCUCGAUCCGGUCAGCAAAGUGUUUGGGCGCGCUGCGGCGGCCGGAUCAACGGGGGCGCGCACGCGUUGUGGAGGGCCGCUCCCAAACGGCUUGGUGAACAAUGUGCCUGCGUGCUGGAGCCGCCAUGCCGUGGGCCGGGACUCGCGCGCAGCGGGCGGGCCUGGGCCGGGUCGGUGGGGGACGACGGGGGUGCAGAGCGGGACGUCGCCGAUUCGAAGAGGACGGGUGGCGGGCGACGCGCAGUGGGCGGACGGGCAGAUCGGGGCGUGGAUCUGGCGGCACGGCGGGCAGGGUUCGGAGCGACGGUUGCCAUAUGCGGCUAGCGGGCGCCUGCGUGGCGUGCGUCCUGCAGAGUGCGGCCUCCCCUUCUUCCUCGAAGACAAGACCGGCGAGCUCACCGGCUCAGAAUUCCUUGACGUACACGAUCGUGCGCGGUUCGCAUACCGCUGCACCCUCCGUGACACGCACCACACCGCCUACAUGGUGUAUGAGGUGUCCCCCGCGGCGCGCAGCACGCCCGUCGCGUGCCUGAACUUUGGCGGGGGCAACGCGCUCGGCACCGUGAAGAUUGGCCAGGGCGAGGACAUCAGCAUGUCCAAGUAUCUCUCGAAAGUGGGGACAUUUGGGAGUACAACUCGCAAAUUUACCGCGUCUGAUGGGCAGGAGUACCAAUGGACGCGGGAUACCGACGAUGGCAGUGAUGCCGAAUGGACGUGUCUGAACGCCAAGGGGUAUCACGUUGCGUCCUACAGCCUGAAGCUGAACGGAGAGCAAUACGAGACGUCCUCGGGCUGCAUGCUCACCGUCGAAGAAUCAUAUGAAAGCCUCAUCGGCGCACUGCGAAUCUACGCGCACCAACCUCCCCCGGCACCGCCUACGCGUCCCGACUCCCCUGCAGGGCCGCGUCCGAUCCUGAGAAGUGGGAAGGCGGUACACGGACGGCGAUCCGCGCUCCCGCAGUGCAUACAGAGCAGACCGAUUGAUCGCGCCCUCCCCGACCUGGACCGCCGUUUCCGCUACGCGCUGAUGAGAAGGCCCGCGUUCUGUGUGCUCCGCCGGAAGGGCAUCAUCAUCAUACGGCGGAAGCAUACGGGCUCCGCGCCAUCUGCGUGA